AUGGCUUCUUCAUCUCGGCUCAUCAACACAUAUGAUGUCUUUGUGAGCUUCCGUGGUGAAGACACGCGCAACAACUUUACUGGUUUUCUCUUUCAAGCUCUCUGCAGAAAAGGCAUCCAUGCCUUCAAAGAUGAUGAAGAUCUGAAGAAAGGCGAAUCCAUAGCACCUGAGUUGCUACAAGCCAUUCAAGGGUCUCGCCUUUUCCUCACUGUCUUCUCAAAAAACUAUGCUUCCUCUAUUUGGUGCUUGCGUGAACUAGCAGAGAUCUGUAACUGCGUUGAAACAUCGCCAAGACGUGUUAUACCUAUAUUUUAUGAUGUUGAUCCUUCAGAUGUACGAAAACAGAGUGGCUUUUAUGAGAAAGCAUUUGCACGACACGAAGAAAGAUUCAGAGAAGAUAAAGAGAAGACGGAGGAAGUGCAGAGAUGGAGACAAGCUCUCACACAAGUGGCCAAUCUCUCUGGCUGGGAUAUACGAAACAAGGCACAAUUUGCAGAAAUCGAACAAAUUGUUCAAAACUUACUAAUUAUACUGGGUCCGAACACAUUAAAUCUUCCCAAUGAUGAUCUAGUUGGGAUGGAGUCCCGUGUUGAAGAAUUAGAAAAUCUUCUAUGUUUGGGAUUAGUUAAUGAGGUUCGAGCUGUUGGAAUUAGUGGGAUGGGUGGCAUAGGAAAGACAACUCUUGCUCGGGCUUUAUAUGAAAGAAUCUCUCAUCAAUAUGAUUUUCAUGGUUUUAUUGAUGAUGUAAGCAAAAUUUAUCGAGAUUCAAGUUCAUUAGGUAUACAGAAGCAGUUGCUUUCACAGUCUCUAAAGGAGAAAAAUCUAGAGAUUUGCAAUGCUUUGGAGGGAACAUGUUUGGUGUGGACUAGGCUACACAAUGUAAAGGCACUUGUUGUUCUUGACAAUGUUGAGGAUGUUGAACAACUGAAGAUGUUUACAGGGAAUAGAAACACUAUGUUGCGUGAAUGUUUGGGUGGAGGGAGCAGAAUCAUCAUAAUUUCUAGGGAUGAGCAUGUAUUGAGAACACAUGGAGUGGAUGAUGUUUAUCAAGUUCAGCCGUUGAAUAAGGAGAAUGCUGUCGAGUUGUUUUGUAGAAGUGCUUUCAAAGUUAAUUAUAUUUUGAGCGAAUAUGAAAAGUUGGCAUAUGAAGUUCUAUCACAUGCUGAAGGCCAUCCCUUGGCAAUUGAAGUAAUUGGGUCAUCUUUGUUUGGUCGAAAUGUAUCACAAUGGAGAAGUGCAUUGGGUAGGUUAAAAGAUAAUAAAAGGAGAAAUAUUAUGGAUGUUUUGCGUGUAAGUUUUAAUCAGCUAGAUGAAAUUGACAGAGAAAUAUUUUUGGAUAUUGCAUGCUUCCUCAGUGAUUAUGAUGAGAAAUAUGCUAUAGAAGUUCUAAAUUUUCGUGGAUUUUAUCCUGAAUAUGGCAUACAAGUUCUCAUUGAUAAGUCACUCAUAACCAUUAAAUAUGGGAGCAUUUGUAUGCAUAGAUUGUUGAGGGAUUUGGGCAGGUGUAUUGUUCGUGAAAAAUCACCUAAGGAGCCCAUCAAGUGGAGCAGGUUGUGGGAUUACCAAGAUCUCUAUAAUGUCAUGUUAGAGAAUCAGGAAAGUGAGAAUCUUGAAGCCAUAGUUGUUAAAUCCAAUUCAUUGAUGAUUAAUGAAGCUAUAAUGAGGGCAGAUGCUCUGUCAAAAAUUAAGCACCUUAAGUUGCUUAAACUUGAGAACGUAAAGUUUUCGGGAAGUCUCAAUAAUCUUUCAAAUGAACUUGGAUAUCUUACAUGGAAGCAAUAUCCUUUUCAGUGUUUGCCUCCAAGUUUUCAACCAGAUAAAUUAGUUGAGUUAGUCAUUGGUGGGAACAACAUUCAACGACUAUGGGAAGGCACAAAGCCUCUACACAAUUUGAAACGUUUGGAUCUCUCUCACUCCAAAAAUCUAGUUGAGAUGCCAGAUGUUGAAAGUGCCGUAAAUCUUGAGAUGCUAGAUCUUGAAGGAUGUAUACAGCUCAGAAUAAUCAACCCAUCCAUUGGUCUUCUGAGAAAGCUUACUUUUCUCAAUUUGAAAAACUGCAUAAACCUACAUUGCAAGCGGUUGAAAUAUUUGCCGGAUCUACCUUCACGAACUGACUUGCCCUCAGAACUUUACUAUCUGCCAGAUCUACCUUUCAAUUUAAUACGUGAUGAAGCUAAUGCAGGAAUAAUGAUUUACAACUGUCGAGAAUUAGUUGAUAGGGACCGGUGCACUAGCAUGAGUAUUUCAUGGAUGAUACAAAUUGCUCAGGCGAACCACCAAUGUAGAUGUUUUCCAUUUGAUAAAAUGAGUCCAAAUUUUGAAAGUAUUAUCCCUGGAAGUGAAAUACCGAGGUGGUUUAACAGUGAGCAUGUGAGCACCGACAAUUCAAUAAUCAUAGAUGCAUCUCCAGUCGCUCAUGAAAAUUAUUGGAUGGGAGUUGUGUGUUGUGUAAUAUUCCAGAUACGGGAAAUUACUUCUCCAAGAGAAAUAUUACUUUACAGUGAUGUAAUUCCUGUUGAUGUCAGGAAAGAUCUAGCGAUGGACGAUUCAGAUCACAUGUGGCUAUUCUAUCUAACUCAGCAAGAGUUCAUUCAUCAAUGCAAUUAUCGUGGCAUACCUAAUAUUGAUUGCUUGAAAAUAAAAUUUAAAAUAGGGGACAUGCUAUAUUUUCGUGAUUUAAUGGUGGAAAGUGAAGAAAUGGAAGAUAAAGUUUAUCCCGAGAAGGAACAGUGGCAAAUGGACGAGAGUGUUGUUCUGCUUGAAGUGAAGAAAUACGGGUAUCGUUGGGUAUCUGAACAAGAUCUAGAACAAUCAAAUUCGAUAAUGAUGCAUGGUGGAAAUUUGGUAACUCGUAAGCGCAAGUUUUUAGCGAUAGAUGGAAACAAGUAG